AUGUGGGAAGGGAUUUACAGAGUAAUUAAAAGAACAGAAAUUAGGAGAGAGGACACACCCUUAAUAAAAGAAGGAAAGGUGCUGGGAAUGCGGGAAUCGGCGGAGCUGCUGACCAGGACCUUCUACCCGGACGAUGACGAGGACAAAGACCAGGAGGUGCACAAGGAGAUCAGGACCAAAGCUUUGAGGGUGAACGAGGGCCCCAGCGAGGGCUUCCUUGAGCCCCCGUUUACGGAACAAGAACUAAAUAGGGUCCUGAACUCCUUCAACCCAAAAAAGGCACCGGGACGUGACGGACUGUCUUUUGACAUUUGUAGGGAGGCAAUUAUGGUCGACCCCACACUCUUCCUCGCGCUCAUCAACAAGUGCCUAUCCAUAGGACACUUCCCCACCAUCUGGAAGGAGGCCACAGUGGUGAUUCUCCGGAAGCCGGGCAGGACAGAUUACACAAUCCCGAAGGCAUACCGACCGAUCGGCCUUCUUCCAGUGAUGGGGAAGAUCGCGGAAAAACUUUUAGUGGCAAGAGCCAGUUGGCACAUUGUGCCACAUUUGAGCGCGAGGCAGUACGGUUUUAUGCCGCAACGCGGUACCGAGGACGCCCUCUAUGACCUGCUGAGCAACAUAAAAGACCCCAUCGCUGAGAAAAAGAUCGCGGUGCUGGUCUCACUGGACAUAGAGGGCGCCUUCGACAGCGCAUGGUGGCCGGCCAUAAAGUGCAGACUGGCAGAGGCGGGCUGCCCCACAAACUUGCGUAGGGUCUUUGACAGUUACCUUAAAAGACAGGAAAGUGAGACUAAGAUACGGGGGACAGUGAGACGGAAAGAAAGUGUACAAAAGGUUGCGUGCAAGGAUCUAUAG